AGACGAGGCCGGCCCGGGGCAGGAGUUGGUGGUCGUGGCGGAGGAUAUCAUGGCGGUGGUGGAGGUCGUGGCCUUGGAAGACGAGGUGCCGUCGCAUGCAGAGCAGGCCGAGCAGCAGCGGGAGCUGCCGCAGGAAGAGCCAGUGCUGGGUCCCGAGAUAGCCGGGGCCCCACUUGCCGCGCUGGAGGUUGUUCAGUUAGCGCUCGCCUCUGUGGAUGCCCAAGCGACCGGGGCCCGCUUGCGUCUCAAGCGCAGGAUGAAUCAGAAGCGGAGUUCUCACCUGAAUCGAAGGAGGGCCAUCAUCCAGUGCAUCCCUGGCUUCUGGGCCCAGGCCGUAUCCUUCCUCCUGCAG